UGAAAUCCCAGCGCAUAGAAAGCGUGCCGUCAUGAGUUCGAGUGAGGUAGCCUAAUCUGCAAUAGUAGCCUAUCGAAGAGGAAACAUUUGGAAGGUGUGCAGAAGCGUGAUACGGCUGGCUACUGAACAGCUGCAAGAGGCUAUUAUUUAAUAGUCCACAGCGGAAUGUGCAUAAAAUAAAGACAAAUGAUGGAUAUUGUUUGGGAAGUACUUAUAUUUUCCCAUGCCUACCUCAUCGUCUGUUCCUCAGCUCAACCAAAUCCAUACAAAGGUCAUGAGGGAUGGUGGGCGUAUAAAGAAGCUGUUCAAGGGAAAUUCAUUCCAGUUCCAUCAUUCUGGGGAUUAGUAAACUCUGCAUGGAACCUAUGUUCUGUUGGGAAAAGACAGUCUCCAGUGAAUGUAGAGACCAGUCACAUGAUCUUUGAUCCAUACCUAGCCCCUCUGAGGCUCAACACAGAUGGACAAAUGGUGGGCGGUACCAUGUACAACACUGGUCGUCAUAUAUCCCUACGACUGGACAAGGAGCACUUAGUGAAUAUCUCUGGUGGACCAAUGACAUAUAGUCACCGUCUUGAGGAGAUCAGAUUACACUUUGGCAGUGAAGAUGGCCAAGGUUCUGAGCACCUACUCAAUGGCCAGGCGUUUGCCGGUGAGGUUCAACUUAUACACUACAACCAUGAACUCUACACAAACUACACAGAUGCUGCUAAAAGUCCAAAUGGUUUGGUAGUUGUGUCGAUAUUUAUGAAGAUUGCUGAAACUUCUAAUUCAUUUUUGAACCGCAUGCUGAACAGAGACACCAUCACAAGAAUUACAUAUAAAAAUGAUGCAUAUUUUCUUGGAGAACUGAAUAUCAAGGAUAUUUAUCCAGAAACGUCCAGUUUCAUUACAUAUGAAGGUUCUAUGACAGUGCCCCCAUGCUAUGAGACAUCUACAUGGAUUCUGAUGAACAAGCCCAUAUAUAUGACUAAGAUGCAGGUGCAUUCUAUGCGUCUCCUGAGUCAGAACGACCCGUCUGUCAUUUUUCUGAGCAUGAGUGACAAUGUUCGUCCAGCACAACCUUUAAACGAUCGAUGCAUCCGCACCAAUAUCAACUUUGGCAUGUUGGGCAAAGACUGUCCAAAUAAAAGAGCUCAGAAAUUGCAAUAUCGAGUGAAUAAGUGGCUGCUAACACAUGAGGAGGACCAAGAAGGAUCAUGACUGAUCAUUACAGGAUAAACCAUGACACUGUGCUUAAAGGAGAAGAUCAGUAUUUUUUAACCUAGGGUCUAUUUUAAGAUGAUAAUGAAUCUAAAUUUUCAUUUGGGAUCAAAACUAUGUCAAUCGUUGAAAUGUUGAGUAAGACAGAAAUAUGCUCAAAAAAUCAUUACGUGUCUAUGUUACCUAGGAGAGUCUCUGCAGACAAAAUUAAGCAUUUGUACCUUAAUAAGUGGGUAAUCAGUGCAUUACCUUACUAUUACUCCAGUGGCUGCAAUCUUGUGAGGAGAAUGUUGGUGCAAGUUGUUAACUAAAUUCUCCUCCUUUUGUGUUCAUUGACAAUAGCUUGUCCUGCUUUCAGUAAUUAACUUGCACAGACUUUCUCCACACACGUGGCAUCAAAAUGCCCAUCUAAGUUCCCCCUUCUGCCCAUAAGGUGACUGGAAAAAAGAGCAAGGUAAUGCACUGACUGCACAAACAGUCCUUUUUUAUACCCUUUCAUUAUACUUACUAAGGUAAAAAAUACUUCAGUUUGUCUGAGACCCUGUCCAAAUUAGCAUAGACAUUAAAUUAUUUAGUUGAAUCUUGUCAAUGGCUUAAAAGAACAAUUUACUUUGACAUAGAGAAGAAGCCCCCAAAAGCAGUGCAGUGCUAUGUGCUAUUUAUUCCAGUCUUACUUAAAACUGCACGAUUGUUGUAUUAUCAUCUAAAAACAGACCCUAGGUUAAGGAAUGCUGGAUUUCUUCUUUAAUUGAAGAAAAGGGAGAUGUGAAGGGAACACUGAACACUGAACACAUUGUAUAAAUCAUGCAAAUACAUUUUUUACACUUACUUUUCUGGGAGAAAAAAAAGAUGUUUCACACACAGCCCAUUCUUACUUUACACAUUAAAUGGAUCAUAGCUGCAUUGUCCAUCAUCGCAACAACCUCAUUAAUUUUACACAACAAUGAUCAGACAUAAAAACAUGAAUCUAAAAGGACUGUGAUUAACAGUGGUUUGCCCCUCAAAAGAUAAAUAAUGAGAUGUUUGAUAGCAUGCCCCAGCCUUUUACAUCGACCCCUGGUACUGAAAUUGUAUUUGUAUAAAUUUAGUUUUUAUCCUUUAACAAGGACCACCAACUCCAGACACAUGAUGUCACGCUCAAACACAUUAAAUUGAAAUGAUGGAAAAACAAUGGAAUUAGUGUUAAUUUCGUCAGACG